CGCUUGGGGCAAUAACAGAGCAACAAGACCUGGGGACAACAAGGGCCCAGGCGAAGGGGAGAGGCUGCCCAGAGAGUAGACAAUCCAGGGCUUGAGGAGUUGGGGUUUGCGGUUUAUUUUUUCUCCCGACAAAGACACAUACUGUCUAAACUGUGUGGCUGGUUGUUACUAAGAAGCUGCUGUAUGAGGGGAAAACGUAUUUAAUAAAAGGCCCAGUGUUUGUGGUCUUCUUGGGCUCCCUGCUGAGCUCAGGAAAUCUUGAGGUGUGACCAGUUUUCAGCCUUCAAAACCAAGAUGAACUGCCCUUGAGAAGGGUGGUCAGAGGGAAAGCAUGUUCACGCUCUCUGUCCUGAGCCGGGGACGUGGGAAGGUGGUCCAGAGCAAACAGAAGUUAGAAGUCUAUUUUGAACCAGAGGAUUAUUUGAAUUGGAAGUCUCCAGAAGAUUAUGUCCUGGUCAGCAAGCCGCAGGAUAAGGGCGACCCCAGCCAGCUCACGUGGAGCCUCUUUCUCCCUAAAACUUUCAGCACUAGGAAGGGUGCCCUCAUUCUCUACUCAGAAGGUUUAGCCGUCUCAGCAUGGACACCCAGAGUGAGGAGAAGAGGCCUCUACCACCCCCGAGGCCACAGGAAGAGGCUGCAUCUUAAACUGUUCCCACUUCAGGACCUCAGCGAAGCCAUCCUGGUCUACAGAAGGACACAGGUAGGCAGAACACUGUCACAGAGACUGGCCUGUGUCUACAACCCUGUCUGUAGCUUUGGGUGUAAGGUCUCCUCAGAUCCCAGGGAAAGUAGGAGACUCUCAGCCUCCAUUUCUUCACCUCUCCUGACCUACUCUUCAGGAUACACUAAAGAUUCCGUGUUGCUCCAAGAAAGUCACUUUAGUGUACCAGAGAACCAGAGGCCACGACAGGAUCUUUCAGGUAUACCCCCCAAAUACCACCUCCUGCCUGUCUUCCUUCCAUUUUUGAUUCAACAACAAAAUGCCUUUUGAAUAAGGAACAAGGGCCUUGAUGAAUGGAAAGCUGGGUCUGGUGGACACAUGGGCCAGGGCUCUUUAGCCAAGAACCACAGCAAUCAGGGCACUCACUUGCUGCCACUCAGGGAGCAGCCCUGGCAAGAAGAUGAAAUCCAAGCAGAGGCUACGUCAAUAGACAACCACCAUCGUAUGCAUGCUUCAAAGGAAAGCCACAAUGAAAAAAUUCAGCAAACCUCCACAAGGGCCUUUGGGCAUGCCCAGAUUGAUCAUUCUUGGCUGCUGAGUGACAAAUCCCACAUUACAUUCUAUGGCAACGCUUUCCCCAAUAGGAAGGCAAAUAUCAGCGGUAAGAAGCGGAAUAUGAAACUCCACAAGGGCAGAAGCAGCCACUUGUUACAGGAGCCACCUGCUGAAAGAUGCCUUUUCCCUCCUGUAGCAUCUGCCACUGACUCAGAAAAGCACACAGCUGGGGAAUUGAAGACGAAAAAGUAUUCAAAGGCUUUGAAAUUACCUCCUAUCUCAGAAGAACCACCCAGAGCCCUGGAUACCCUGAGGAGACGAUGUAAAGCCAGUGAGCCCCCAGCAGAGCUCCUCAUCUUCCCAGCAGAGAUUCACCUCCACACUCAACACCCCUCAAAAGAGAAAGCACGCAGGAGAGGUGCUCCAUAUGCUGAGUCAGGACCAGAAACAGAAGAGGCCAGUCCUUUGGGGAGGCCCCCCCUGGAGCAUGCAUCCUUAGAAAAGCUGGGGGAGUUAACAGUGCAUCUCCCGGUGGACAUGAGCAGAGACAUGCUCUCACCUCAAGAUGAUGAUGCCCCACUUCAGAAUGUGACCCCACCACUAUCCCUGAUUGAAGGAAGAAAAAGUCCAGAGGGCCGAAGGAGCCUGGACAGCCUCCAGACAUCAAGCCAUAGCUGCCCCACGGGCCCCCCAAAUGUGAGACGGUCCAGAGCUGCACUCCCAGCAGGACAAGAGUCCAGAGACCUUUCACUGGGACACUUCAUGCUAGGUCGAAAUGGAGAAAACAUUUGCCUGUCCCUCCCAGGGCCCACCCAAACUAAGUUUCUGUCGAGUGAAGGUAAGGUCUAUGAAUCUGUUGGUUCAAAAAUCAGCAACAAAAAGGAGGGGUCUACAGACACUGAAUCUGGAGCCAAUCUUCACAAGAAUCUUAAUGAAACCUCACCUUUGACUCAAAAGCCAGAGAAGCAGGCAGCCCAGCAGUCCUUGGAGGCAGCAGCUCAGAAGACAGGAGAGCCUCAAAGUCGUAUAAAUAAAGGGCCGAUAUGUUCAAACGGAAAAGAAUUUUACACGCGCAAGCUGCACAUCGACAUGACGCCGUUCCUGAAGGAAAGUAAAGAUGAACUGGACUACUAUCAAGAACAAGGAGGACCCCUCAGAGAAAACCAUCAAGACACCCAAGACCCAGAGCUGAGGAAUGUGACCCUGGACCCUCUCAGCACUUCCUGGGCUGAGCACAUGCAGAGGCCUGAGGCAGAUGCUGUCCAAAAGGCGGGCAAAGAUUAUGAUGUACACCAUCAGCACAAAGGACUCCCAGAACCUGGACCUGAGUCCCCAGAGAGGUUGGGUUCUGUAAACACAUCUCUUCUUCCAAAAGAAAGAGGAGGGAAGACUGAACCAAGAGUGUCCAAGCAGGAAACACCAGGCAACAUCAGUCACGAGACGGAGUUGAUUGACAAUGUCAAGAGAAAGAAAAGAACCAAAACAGACAAGUCUAAGGUGCCAAAGGAAGAGAGAGAAGGAAAGGUCCACAUAGAAACAAAGGCUGCUAUUGGAAAGUCAAGGGAAUCCAAGACUGAAAAGAAAUCAGAGCUAAUUCCCAAAGGAAAACACACAGGAUCGGAAAGGAAAAGGACACAGAAGGAAAACAAUCUGGAAACAGCAGCAGAGCUGAGUAGGCGUGAUGCCAUUAAUUCUCAGGGAACGGAAGACACCUCAGACAAAGAUUUCUUCCCUUCAGCCUCUGAUCUAGAGGACCCUCGGCUCUCUCCCAGACACGAUGCUCAGGAGAGCCAAGUUUCGAUAGACAGAAAGUCAUUGCCCACCCAGACUGUGGCUGUCACAGGACACAUGGCAUCUGAAGAAGAGAGAAGCCAUGAGGAUCCUCCCAAGGACCUCUUCGCCAAGAGGGAGCAGGAGAAAGCUUUCCGGGACAGGCUGCGAGCAGAGAGAGCUAAGAUGAGACAGUUGGAGGUGGAGAAGAAGAGAACGGAGCAGGAAGAGCAGAGGCGGCUCCAACAGGAGCAGCUGGAGAGGGCGAAGAAGAUGAAAGAGGAACUGGAGCUGGAACAGCAAAGACACGCAGAGGAGAUGCGCUUGAGGAAACAAAGACAAGAGGAAGAACGGCAGUGGCAGGAGGAGGAGGAGAAAAGGCAGCGACUCCAGCUGCAAGCAGCCCAGGAGAGGGCCAGGCAGCAACAGGAGGAGUUCCAGAGGAAACUGCAAGAGCUGCAGAGAAAAAAGCAGCAGGAGGAAGCAGAGAGAGUUGAGGCAGAGAAGCAAAGGCAGAUGGAAUUGGAAAUGAAGUUAGCAGAAGAACACAGACUCCUGAUGGAAAUGGCUGAAGAAGAACGGAUAGCAUACCAACGGCGGAAACAGGAAGCAGAAGAGAAGGCUUGGCUGGAAGCAGAGCAGAGAAGGCAAAAGGACGAGGAAGCAGCCAGGCUGGCUCUGGAGAAAGCCGUGACACAAGCCGAGGAACUAGCCAGGCAAAAGUCUGCUUUGAAGAAACGUCUUCAUUUCCAUCGAGAACUCCACAAAGAAGCCAGUGGCCUGCAGUGGGCACACAAUAUCUCCAGACCGUGGGUCUACUCUUACUUCCAGUUCCUACAAACACCCAGACCUUAAUGCUAGAAGAAAACUAAAAAAAAUUGCACUUCUGGGGAAUUCCGCCAAGAUGGCGGCAUAGGUGGAGACGCUGUGCCUUCUCACACAACCAAGUUUAGAGACAACUAAAUAAUAGCAACAGAAAACACAGCCAGAACACAGAAAAUAGAACU